GAUCAAGAGUCAAUAUCAACAUCCCGACGCAGCUUAGGGCGCGCAGCCAUUGGGGCACUUCGGUUGGCUUGCUGGUAAUUUCUCCAAAUGACACCCUUCGCUCAACUGUAAUCGGGUCCUUAUCAUUCGCUUGUGGCUCGGCGCCGUAAAGUAAUAGCUGCCCCACCUGAAUACAUCAUACCUCAACGACGCAAAACCUCCAAGCUUUCGGACCACAAUGCAAUCCGCAACUCAAAUUUCGGCGUCCUCUACCAUAGUAAUCUGUCUGAUCCUGCUUCUUGCACUCUUCCCAAACCUGUUUCACUUGAUUUGGUCGGCACCACUUGCUCUCAUCUUCGGAAACUAUCCCUCUGAAACGGACACUUUCAACAGCAUGACUUGGACACAGAAGCAAUUUACCCUGCAGCCCAAGUCGAGGGGCUCCUAUCUCAUCACAGAUCAGGUCGUCCAGGCUCUCCCUGAAAUCAGAAACUACAAAGUCGGCCUUCUGAACCUGUUCAUCCAGCACACAAGCUGUGCCUUGAGUUUGAAUGAGAACUUCGACAGCGAUGUUCGCGAGGACAUGAGCGACGCCCUCGACCGCAUCGCUCCCGAAGAGGGUCCCAAAGGCGAAGCGCUCUACCGCCAUGACGCGGAAGGUCUCGAUGACAUGCCUGCUCACAUCAAAUCUGCCCUCGUUGGAGCUAGUGUCACGAUUCCCAUCAAGGACGGAAAGCUGGCGACAGGAACUUGGCAAGGUAUUUGGUAUCUCGAGUUCAGAGCUUCGAAGCAUUCGCGCCGCGUGAUGGCCACCAUUCAGGGUGAAAAGUCCUAAGGUCGCUCACGACCUUGAUGGAGAAAACAGUCGAAUAAAGAACACCGCAUGAUCUCCAACCGAUGCAAUGCGCAGCCUACGUGAACGCCUAACGCCAAUGCCAAAUAUCAAUAUGCUAUCCGCCGUUCAUGACUCCGCCUCGUUUUCGUCCUUCGUUUCCUUCAUGUCGGUGUCGUCCCCUGCG